CAUGUGAUCUGGGUAACCCGGAACAGUUUGAUGUGUGUGUGUUUUUUUUUAGCUGAACACAACCCUUCAUUCGUAACAACAACUCAAUGAACCUAUCGUACACCGACAGUGCUUCUAGGACCAGUGAGUUUUCCCCUCCCGAGAUGUCAGCUGACUCCAUGGAGAUUGAUGACUCCCUGUACAGUCGUCAGAGGUAUGUCCUGGGGGACAGUGCUAUGCAGCAGAUGGCUCAGUCUUCUGUCUUCCUCAGUGGAAUGGGAGGACUGGGAGUGGAGAUCGCAAAGAACAUCGUGUUGGCAGGUGUGAAGGUGUUGACGCUGCAUGACACUAAGCAGUGUGAGACGUGGGACUUGGGCUCCAACUUCUUCCUCAGACAGGACGAUGUGCUGACUCAGAGGAACAGGGCUGUGGCGGUCCAUCCCAGGGUAGCGGAGUUAAACCCUUAUGUCCAUGUGGACACGUCCUCCUCCUCUCUCGACCUCUCCACUGACCUCUGCUUCCUCAAGAGGUACCAGUGUGUGAUCCUGACUGAGGCCAGGCUGAGUCUCCAGAAGAAAAUCAAUGACUUCUGUCACUUCCAUCAGCCUCCAAUCAGGUUCAUUGGAUGUGACGCGUAUGGGAUCUGUGUGAGAGUGUUCUGUGACUUCGGGGACCAGUUUGAGGUGUCGGACCCCACUGGAGAGGAAGCCAAGGAGAUGUUUAUCCAGAACAUCACACAGGGUAACCCAGGGGUGGUAACCUGUAUGGACAGCAGGACCCACGGCCUCCAGACUGGACAGAGUGUUCUCUUCAGAGAGGUCAACGGCAUGGACACACUCAACGGCACCGCGCGACAGGUCACAGUCCUCUCUCCCUACAGUUUCGCCGUAGGGGACACGUCGUGUCUGCAGCCCUAUGCACACGGAGGCUUCUUCCUGCUGGUCAAAACCCCCAGAACGUACAGCUUCGAGACGAUGGAGCAGCAGCUGUCUGAGCCUCAGGUCCUGACUCCCGACUUCAGCAAACCAGAGGCCCCGCUGCAGAUCCACGCCGCCAUGCUGGCUCUUGAUGCCUUCCAGGAGCAACACAACAGACUGCCCAAUAUUGGGUGCUGUCAGGAUGCGGAGGUUCUGGUCAAACUAACAGAGGAAGUCAACCACACCUUGACAAACAGAGCUCCAGUGAAUAGUGAGUUGGUGCGUUGUCUCUCCAGAACGGCGCAGGGUUCUCUCCCUCCAUUGGCUGCGGCGGUGGGGGGCAUUGCCAGUCAGGAGGUCCUCAAGGCCCUCACAGGGAAGUUUGCCCCACUACAGCAAUGGUUCUAUCUAGAUGCCAUAGAGGUAGUGAAACCACUACUGUCUCUAUCAGCAGAGGAGUUUAGCCCCAGGGGUGAUCGGUACGACGGACUGAGGGCCUGCAUCGGGGAGACCAUGUGUCUGGAACUCCACAAGCUGAGAGUCUUUAUGGUGGGCUGUGGAGCCAUUGGCUGUGAGAUGCUCAAGAACUUUGCCCUGCUGGGAGUGGGAUUGGCCAAGAGCUCAGGAGAGGUGUGUGUGACGGACCCAGACCUGAUAGAGAAGUCCAACCUCAACAGACAGUUCCUCUUCAGAUCUCAGCACAUACAGAAACCUAAGAGCACCACAGCAGCCGUAGCGACCUUGGAGAUCAACCCAGAGAUGCAGGUAGACGCUCACCUCAACAAGGUGUGUCCUGCCACCGAGGGGGUCUACAACGACCUGUUCUACUCCCGCCUACACCUGGUUGUCACGGCGCUGGACAAUGUGGAGGCUCGCAGAUACGUCGACAGCCGCAGUGUAUCCAAUCAGAAGGCUCUUCUGGAUUCCGGUACCAUGGGAACCAAAGGACACACGGAGAUCAUCGUGCCCAACCUGACCGAGUCUUACAACAGCCAUAGGGACCCACCAGAAGAGGAGAUUCCGUUCUGCACCCUCAAAUCUUUCCCUGCUGUCAUAGAACACACCAUCCAAUGGGCACGGGACAAGUUUGAGAGUGCGUUUGCCCACAAGCCCACCAUCUAUAAUAUGUUUUGGCAGACCCACUCCUCAGCAGAAGCCGUGCUACAGAGGAUGCAACAGAGGGAGACUCUGGAGGGGGCGUUCCAGGUCGUCAAGCUGCUGAGUCGACGGCCCAGCCAAUGGGAACACUGUAUCAUCCUGGCACGCCUCAAAUUCGACAAGUACUUCAAGAGAAAGGCUCUACAGCUGCUACACUCCUUUCCUCUGGACACUCGGUUAAAGGAUGGCAGUUUAUUCUGGCAGUCACCUAAACGACCCCCGUCUCCCAUAGAGUUUGACCUGAAGGACACACUGCACUUCAGUUUUGUCGUGAGCGCAGCUCGGCUUUAUGCUGAAAUCUACAACAUCCCCUACUCAGAGAAGGAUCUGUCACAGGAAGCAGUGUCCAGGAUGUUGUCAGAGAUUACCGUCCCAGAGUACAGGCCAGCAGAGAAGCGUAUUGAGACAGAUGAGAAUGUGAAGAAGCCUGAUCAGAUGAAGCUGUCCGUAAGCAGCGAGGAGGAGAGAGAGGCCAUCGCCCAGUUAGAGGAGGCUAUCACUGCAGACCACGUUACACCAGAGAGGUUACGGAUGUCUCCCCGGCUGUUCGAGAAGGACGAUGACCUCAACGGCCACAUGGACUUCGUGGCGUCGGCCUCCUCACUCAGGGCCAGGAUGUACUCCAUCGAGGUGGCCGACCGCCUCAAGACCAAACGCAUCGCCGGGAAGAUCAUCCCCGCCAUCGCCACAGCUACCGCCCGCCGUCGCCGGGCUGUCGUCUGGGGGGUUUGUCUGGGGGGUUGUCUGGGGGGAUUGUCUGGGAGUCGUCUGGGGAGUCGUCUGGGGGGUCGUCUGGGAGUCACCUGGGGGGGUUGCUGGGAGUCGUCUGGGGGGGUUGUCUGGGAGUCGUCUGGGGGUUGUCUGGGAGUCGUCUGGGGGGUUGUCUGGGAGUCGUCUGGGGGGUUGUCUGGGAGUCCGUCUGGGGGGUUGUCUGGGGGGUUGUCUGGGAGUCGUCUGGGGGGUUGUCUGGGAGUGUCGUCUGGGCGGUUGUCUGGGAGUCAUCUGGGGGUGUGUCUGGGUGGGUUGUCUGGGAGUCAUCUGGGGGGUCGUCUGGGAGUCAUCUGGGUGGUCGUCUGGGAGUCGUCUGGGGAGUCAUCUGGGGGGGGUCGUCUGGGAGUCAUCCUGGGGGGUUGUCUGGGAGGUCGUCUGGGAGUCGUCUGGGGGGGGGGGCCGUCUGGGAGUCGUCUGGGGGGUUGUCUGGGAUUCAUCUGGGAGUCAUCUGGGGGGUUGUCUGGGAGUCGUCUGGGGGGGGGUCGUCUGGCGGGUCGUCUGGCGGGUCGUCUGGGAGGUCGUCUGGGGGAGUCCGUCAGUGAGUGGUUGUGCUGUGGUCCCCAGGUGUCGUUGGAGCUGGUGAAGUGGAACCUACCAUGGUGUUGCCUGUGUUGUAUUACAGGUGCAUUAUGGGAUAGAACCUACCAUGGUGUUGACUGUGUUGUAUUACAGGUGCAUUAUGGGAUAGAACCUACCAUGGUUGUCCAUGGAGUGAAGAUGCUCUAUGUUCCUGUGAUGCCAGGACACAACAAGAGACUGAAACUAACGAUGCAGAAGUUGAUCAAACCGUCUGUAGACCGUCGCUAUGUUGACCUGACCGUGUCCUUCGCUCCAGAGUCAGAUGGUGAUGAGGACCUUCCUGGACCCCCCGUUAGGUACUACUUCAGCCCCGACGGAGACGCUCACACCGCCUGACACGCCCGGACCAUAACAUCCCUGACGCCCCACCAAAUAUAACCACCCCUCAGUCCCCUCAAACUAACCCUCUGUACCUGCAAAACCCUAGUUGACAACAGUGGUGCUUCUUGAACAGGGGUGGAUUCUAGAACAGGGGUGGAUUCUAGAACAGGGGUGGAUUCUAGAACAGGGGUGGAUUCUAGAACGGGGAUGGAUCUAGUGUUGAUUCUAGAAUAUAUCUUGAUUCUAGGACAGAUGGUGAUUCUAGGACAGAUGGUGAUUCUAGAACAGAUGUUGAUUCUAGAACAGGUGGUGAUUCUAGAACAGAUGGUGAUUCUAGAACAGAUGGUGAUUCUAGAACAGAUGGUGAUUCUAGAACAGAUGGUGAUUCUAGAACAGAUGGUGAUUCUAGAACAGGGCUGGCCCCAUGUACCAUUAUUAGAGGUAGAACGAGGGCUGUAGAUGGAUAUAACCUGGUCUGAUGAGUUCUCUUUCUACCUCUAUGAGAAGAGGGAACCACUUGGCUGUGUACAUAGUAGUCCCUCUUUGUUUCUACUCUGGUUUAAAGCACCGUUCCGACUGGUGUUUUCUACUCUGGUUUAAAACACAGCUCAGACUGGUGUUUUCUACUCUGGUUUAAAACACAGCUCUGACUGGUGUUUUCUACUCUGGUUUAAAACACAGCUCUGACUGGUGUUUUCUACUCUGGUUUAAAACACAGCUCUGACUGGCGUUUUCUACUCUGGUUUAAAGCACAGCUCUGACUGGUGUUUUCUACUCUGGUUUAAAGUACAGCUCUGACUGGUGUUUUCUACUCUGGUUUAAAACACAGCUCUGACUGGUUGUUUUCUACUCUGGUUUAAAACACAGCUCUGACUGGUGUUUUCUACUCUGGUUUAAAGCACAGCUCUGACUGGUGUUUUCUACUCUGGUUUAAAGCACCGUUCCGACUGGUGUUUUCUACUCUGGUUUAAAGCACAGCUCUGACUGGUGUUUUCUACUCUGGUUUAAAGCGCAGCUCUGACUGGUGUUUUCUACUCUGGUUUAAAGCACAGCUCUGACUGGUGUUUUCAUACUCUGGUUUAAAGCGCAGCUCUGACUGGUGUUUUCUACUCUGGUUUAAAGCACAGCUCUGACUGGUGUUUCUACUCUGGUUUAAAGCACAGCUCUGACUGGUGUUUUCCUACUCUGGUUUAAAGCACAGCUCUGACUGGUGUUUUCUACUCUGGUUUAAAACACAGCUCUGACUGGUGUUUCUACUCUGGUUUAAAUCACAGCUCUGACUGGUGUUUUCUACUCUGGUUUAAAGUACAGCUCUGACUGGUGUUUUCUACUCUGGUUUAAAACACAGCUCUGACUGGUGUUUCUGCUCUGGUUUAAAGCACAGCUCUGACUGGUGUUUUCUACUCUGGUUUAAAGCACAGCUCUGACUGGUGUUUUCUACUCUGGUUUAAAACACAGCUCUGACUGGUGUUUUCUACUCUGGUUUAAAGUACAGCUCUGACUGGUGUUUUCUACUCUGGUUUAAAACACAGCUCUGACUGGUGUUUUCUACUCUGGUUUAAAGCACAGCUCUGACUGGUGUUUUCUACUCUGGUUUAAAGCACCGUUCCGACUGGUGUUUUCUACUCUGGUUUAAAGCACAGCUCUGACUGGUGUUUUCUACUCUGGUUUAAAGCACAGCUCUGACUGGUGUUUUCUACUCUGGUUAAAGCGCAGCUCUGACUGGUGUUUUCUACUCUGGUUUAAAGCACAGCUCUGACUGGUGUUUUCUACUCUGGUUUAAAGCACAGCUCUGACUGGUGUUUUCUACUCUGGUUUAAAGCACAGCUCAGACUGGUAUGCACAUACCUUAACUAACAACCUUGUGUGUUUGUCACGAUGAUGAUAAGAAUAAAACGACCGUGUUUACACACCCAUACAUA